UGGCUGAAUGACCCAGAAUUCAAAGAGUGGCUUAAACCAGAUGCAAAUGACAAAUAUGUUGCUUUAUGCAGUGUAUGCGAUUGUAAAUUUCAUAACACAAAUAGAAGUGGGCUAUUAAACCAUAAGUCAUCGUCUAAGCACACAAAAAACCUGGCAGCAAAAAAAAAGUAGCAUAAAAAUGCAACAAUUUUUUUCAAAGAAAAAAACUGCAGAAGAUCCUCAAGACGAAGUAGCUACUGCAGAGUUGUUACUUUCUGCAUUCAUGGCUGAACACGGAAUGCCCUUUCACCAGGCUGAACAUCUGAGUGAGUUGGUAAAGAAAAUGUUCCCAAAGUGUGAGGUUGCCCAGAAAAUGUCUAUGAAAAAGACAAAAGCAUCGACAAGAAGUUCCCUGCUUUGAAUGGAAACCAUCAAAAGAUCUCAUAAGUGACAUGAAAAAUGGCAAAAUUCGUCAGCGAUAUGGGACCAAGUGUAGCAGCAGUCAACAGGCAACGCUGUAUCCUGCUGAUGACACGGAGGUUGCCAGUGGUAGCGAGGAAGGAACACAAGUUUAUGUACAAUAAUAUUCUGCUGUAUGAAAGUAGCAACACUGGAUCGAUACCCCCCAGUGCUGGCUGACGCCACGUGGAAGGAGAGAAGCUACGUGCUCCCUACGUGGUGUUACCCCCGUGAUUGCCUUUAUUCGGGCUUUUACUUCUUGGUGUACACUUUCUUCAACUUGGAGGCAUUGCAGACAAUGCCUAGGCCAAAGAAGAACGUGGCUUUACGUCGCAAAUGUGCAAAAAUUGUGACAAAAGCAUCUUCUGUUGCCGCCAAGCGAAAGCGUCAGGCGGCUUCUGGGAGCGGGGACGCACCGCCACCACCACCUCCGCCACCUGUUGCUUCAUGUUCACAUGAACCAACGAGUGCACAGAAAAGAAAAUCUCUUGUGACUGAACAAAAAGAACAACCACAAGCUAGUGAGAUGAAAACACGAUCCAUAUUUUCUGAAGAGACAGUGAAAGAAAUUGUGGAAAGCAUGCUAUGUCCAUCAUGUUCUCAGAACAAUGCUACUGCUACCUUUACACACCACCAAAUAGACACGUACAUUCAAGUGGAGUGUUCAUGUGGUCAUGUAAUUGCAGAUACUAAAAAAGGUGUGCAAGUGAAAGAACAUUGUUAUCCCAUGACAACAUUAUUAGUGUACUGCAUGAUGAUGCUCGGUGUUGGAUACGCUGGUGUUGACAAACUGAUUUCAUUUUUUAGCUUGCACCAUUUUACUAGACCUACAUACAUUCGUUAUGCUAGGUUUAUCACAGAUACUGCCACAGACUUAGCGAAAAGUGUCCUGGAAAAGAGUAGACAUGCUGUGUGUGAUCAUUAUGCAAGCAAACAGGAUGUUGAACAAGUUGAUGGCAUGCCUCAAGUAAGCACAACUUUUGAUGGCUCUUGGCAUAAACGUGGUCACAAAUCAAACCGGAGUAGGUGCAGUGAUUGAUGUUGACACAAGACUUAUUUUAGAUUAUGAAGUUUGCUCAAAAGUAUGUUUCAAGUGUAACGCUAAAGUAAAGCAAAUGGAGAGAGGCGAAAUUACUGCUACCGAGUAUGUGGUUUGGUUGGAUGAACAUGAUGACUGUGACGCGAAUUAUGAAGGCUCCUCAGGGGGAAUGGAGGCAGCAGCAGCUGUGGCAUUGUGGCGUAGAUCUCGUCAGUAUAAUAUGUUCUAUAAAACAUUCGUGUCUGAUGGUGACAGCUCUGCAUUCCGUUCUGUGUGCGGGAUGAAUCAAGGUGCAGGACCUUAUGGUGAAGAUCAGAAGAGAAAAAUAAAAGCCAUCUAUGACAGACUCACUACAGAUGAGAUGAUGAAUCGAUGUCUUCAGGGCAUAACUCAAAACCGAAAUGAGCACCUACACUCAAGAAUAUGGAGGAUAUGCCCAAAACAUUGUAAUGCAUCAAAAAUGUUGGUGGACUUCGCAGCAGCAACUGCGGUAUGCAAUUACAAUGUCAGCUACACUGAAAGCAACUUGGCUGGCCUGCUUGGCAUUGAAUCUACAUUGUCUAUGGAAAAAUAUCUGCAGAACAUGGACAAGACGAUGGAGUCCCCAUUCAGACGAAAGAUGAGGAACAAGAACCUGCGAAGAGACUUGGAGUAUGCAGCUGGAGGCUUCUGACUGUCACUGUCUUGUCAACAAAUCCUUUUUUCUCAAAAGUAAGUUAUUGUGCUUUAAGUUGCUACUGUUCCGUCAGUUUUUAUGGUAUUUACAUAAUUUUUUUUUCACUGUGUUUGUCAUUAAAUUUUCUAUAAGAUAGAAGGAUUUUUUUUUUAAUAAGUGUGAUAUGGAAUUUUUAUACAGGCGUAAAUGCCGAGUUUAUAGACACAGCGACACUUGUUGAUGGUUUUUUAUUAUUUGCGUCAUUAAAAAUCAUAUAAUUGGAAAAGUAAAGCUUCUGUUUUGUUUAGCAAUGAUUACUUUCUUCAAAAAUAUUUUUAAAAACUUAUUAUCUUCAUUAGCUUCAAAGCCUUAGUUGGUCAAAGUUCGCUUAAAAUUUUAGUAUUUUUUCUACAUUUUUAAUUUUUUCUCUUUUUCUUUUCCAUGUACCAUCUUCAAACUUUCUACACACGUAAGUAGGUAUCUUAGCAUUAUGUCAAUAAAUUUUCAUGAAGAUUGA